AUGACCACACAUGCGACCGAUGAACAUGGCUCAAUGCCAUUGGGAGUGGCCCGGCGCACUAUGGGCAUUAUUCUGCUCCUGUUGGUUGUAGUACUCUGGACAGCCUCCAAUUUCCUUGGCAGUACUAUCUUUGCGGACAGAUCCUACGCCAAGCCCUUCUUCGUCACCUACACCAACACGUCUAUCUUUGUGAUGCCCCUCUUCGUCAUUCUCGGUCGCCGUACCUUGACCCUGUGGCGCCAGGGAAGAUUGUCCCAAGUGACGUCCUUGAAGGGCCUGUUGAGACAUUUGGACUCAUAUGACCCCAAGGCUGAAGAGGAGAGUAUGUUGAAUCAUGACUCCGACAUGGAGGGUGCGCGGCCCAGACGGAUCUCUCAGGAUCUCUCAGGCAGAAAGUUGGGAUUGAAAGCGACUGCUAAACUCAGUGUCCAAUUCUGUCUUCUUUGGUUCACCGCAAACUAUUUCGCUAUGGGCUGUCUCCAAUUCACAACAGUUGCAAGCACUACUAUCCUGACUUCCACGAGUGGUGUGUGGACCCUGGUUUUCGGCGCUCUCAUCGGAGUGGAGAAGUUCACCGCACGCAAGCUCAUCAGUGUCAUCGCAUCCCUGGUUGGUAUCAUUCUCAUUUCGCGCGUGGAUCUUUCCAAGCCGGAAGAGGAUAACGAUUCAGGCUCGUUCCCUCACAAGUCCACAGGAGAGAUUGCGCUGGGUGAUGCCAUGGCUGCGUUCAGUGCUAUGAUGUAUGGAAUCUACACCAUCGUGAUGAAGAAGCAGGUUGGUGAUGAGUCUCUGGUCAACAUGCCUUUGUUCUUUGGUUUAGUCGGAUUCUUCAACGUUGUUCUGCUCUGGCCUGGCUUCUUCAUCCUUCACUGGACAGGAAUCGAGCCGUUCGCCCUGCCCGAUUCGUCACGAAUCUGGACCAUCGUUCUGACCAACUCGCUCACCUCGUUUGUUUCUGACCUUGCCUGGGCUUACGCUAUGCUUCUCACCACCCCACUUGUUGUGACCGUCGGUCUCAGCUUGACUAUCCCUCUCUCCCUGAUCGGGCAAAUGGUCCUGCAGUCACAGUACGCCAGUCCCUUAUACUGGGUUGGAGCGGCUAUUGUUCUCCUUUCGUUCCUAGUUGUCAACCAUGAGGGCAAGGCUGAAGAAACUGUCGCUAAUCCCAGCGGAGGAGGCCGGCUCUCCUCCGGCGAUUAUGACAGCAUCCCCGUUGAGGAGGAAGAAAUGCGCUAA